CGCGGGGACGAGCCGUGAGGUCCGUAGCCACUGCCAAAGGCGAAGCCGAGCGCAGCUGCCGCCCCGAGCCCGACGCGGUCUUCGGAGAGAUCUCGUCUCUUUCUCCACCGGGAGGACGGAGGAGAUGGGCGGAGGCGCGGGGGAGCCGCUGCUGACCAAGUAUUACCACCCGCGGUGCCCCGGGUGCAGGGUGGACCGGCUGAAAGCGGAGCGGGCGGGGGUGUUCCCCCUCAAGGAGCUCGUCCUCAUCUGGCUCAUCACCGUCUGCUCCACCUUGCCGAUACAGUCUUUGUUUCCCUUCUUGUAUUUUAUGAUAAGGGACCUACAUAUUGCUAAACAAGUACAAGAUAUCGGAUUUUAUGCUGGUUUUGUUGGCGCUUCAUAUAUGUUCGGGAGAGCACUCUCCUCUACAAUAUGGGGAAUGGUGGCUGAUAAGUAUGGGCGAAUACCAGUUCUUGUAAUCACCCUUAUUUCAAUAAUUAUCUUCAAUACUCUCUUUGGACUCAGCUCAAGCUAUUGGAUGGCAAUAACCACAAGAGGCAUGCUUGGGUUCUUGUGUGGCUAUCUCGGACCAGUCAAGGCUUAUGCUACAGAAGUAGUACGAAAAGAAUACAAUCAUCUGGCAUUAGCAGUUGUUUCUUCCUCACGCAGCAUCGGCCUCAUUGUUGGACCAGCUAUUGGUGGUUAUUUUGCACAGCCUGCAGAUAAAUAUCCAGGCAUAUUCUCUGAGGAGUCCAUAUUUGGGAGGUUUCCAUAUUUUCUUCCCUGCCUAUCUAUAUCACUCCUUGCAAUUGUUGCUCUAAUUGCUUGCUUCUGGCUUCCGGAAACUUUGCAUAAACACACUAAUGAUACAGUUUUGGAUAAUUCAAUUGAAACUGUAGAAGAAUCUCUUACUGGUACAGAUGCUCAAGAGAAUAGUGGUGGAUGCCUACAGUUAUUCACCAACUGGCCACUGAUGUCAGCUAUCACUCUAUAUUGUAUUUUCUCUCUCCAGGAUGUGGCUUAUGCGGAGGUAUUUUCUCUUUGGGCUGUCAGUGACAGGAAGUUUGGUGGAUUAAGCUUUUCUACUCAAGAUGUGGGCAAUGUCCUUGCACUUUCAGGUCUCUUCCUCCUAAUAUAUCAAAUUUUGGUCUAUCCAUCACUUGCAAAAGUGGUAGAACCCAUCACAUUGGUCCGUGCAGUAGCGAUAUUGACGAUACCACUUCUAUCUAGCUAUGCAUUCAUGCCUGCAUUAUCAGGGUUCACUCUUCAGUUGGUAGUAAAUUGUGCAUCUUUUCUGAAGAAUUCUUUCACGGUAACUACCAUCACUGUGUUCAACAUUUUAAUGAAUGACUCUGUGACUCAGGAUGUAAGAGCUUCAGCCAAUGGUCUUGCAGUAACACUAAUGUCCAUCGCUAAAGCUAUCGCUCCAGCUGUCGCAGGAGCUAUAUUUUCAUUCGCUCAAAGGCGUCAAACAGCUUCGUUUCUUCCUGGCGAUCACUUUGUGUUCUUCAUUCUGAACGUGUUCACAGUCAUCGGUCUUGUGUUCACCUUCAGGCCGUUUUUCGCUAGAAGCAGCAGGAAGCAUUAAGACAUGAAUGAGUGAACACUGAGCUCCAUGCUAACCAAGAGCCAGGAGAUAUAUAUAUUCUUUCGGCACAGCCGAGCCGAGCCUACACUAUUCAGGCAAGAAUAGUAUCCUAGUGUAUAUUACGGCAUUCUAUUGUUGUAAUAUCUAUUCUUUACGCCUCGCUGUAUUAGCAAUAGGGCACGAAGUAUACAUUUCAGUGGCAGCGACGCUUCCCAGCGUGUUAAACUGGAAGAACGUUCUUUUACUGCAAAUAUUGUUCAGUUCUUACAUGUGUAAUAAAAAAAAAAAUCUUAGAAAUUUUGUGGGGGACACAAUGUACUGUUUUCGCUUUUCCUAUGUUAUCUUGUAUGCAGAUGGUGUUACCAAGUCUAGAUGGUUGCAAAAACAACCGAGUGGCGUGAUAUACAGCAACCGACGACCACACAGCCACACAGCCUGUGGUCGCUAAGUCUUGCUGCUAUGUGGUGCUAAUAUAGCCGGAUUGGAUUUUUUCCCCUAAAAUAUUGGUUCAGGUAGCAGAAUAAGAUCCGUAACUUGUGCAGAGAUCGAUCUUUCUCCUCGCAAAUCUUCUCUCUGGGCUACCACACCAAGUCAACAGGCCUGGUUCACCGACUUCACUCUCUACGACAUGAAGCGUUGAUCAUCCAUCCAAUGCCUCUCGUCGUAAUUUCAUUUAAUCGCGUUAUGUAAUGAGUUUAAACUCAGUUUACCGCGUAAUUAGCAGGUUUAAAAACAUGUGUUAGCUUAAUCGUGCUUAUGUGCUAAUGUAAUUCGAACUGGGUGAUAUAUAUAAGUGCUCACUUGUUAAUGGAGAAGCAAUCUGGAAGGUUCUAAAACA